UAUCAUCAGCAAGGGGAGGGAGAUAGAGAGAUAGAGGGAGGCAAACUCUCCCUCUCUCUCAUUUGGCUUAGUGCACCCACAGACACACACACUCAGCAAAUCAGUGCAUUAUUCUGCUCCUGAGCAGCCUGAGGGACGCAGGAAACAGCAGACUGUAUCCACUGGAUCCGAACCACACCACAGAUGGGGCCUGGAUUGUUUUGGAACUUCCCUCCCAAGGCUGGCUGCACGGUUCCACAGAGCCUCCUGCAGACCAUGUUGCUGUCCAGAAUGGCGGGGAUGAAGGAGCAGCAGUUCACGGAGGAGAAGCCCCUGCUGCCGGAGCAGCGAGGAGCCGACUCAGACAUGCAGGAUAAAGGAGGGGAGGCAUCGGGGGGGUUACCGUGCCCUGCCGCUGCUCCUAACAACCCCCCUCCCCCCAGCCGCUCAGCUCACCGCUGGCAUGUGAUCGCACGCCACUGGCUCCGCCAGACCCGCAGUCGGGCCAGCGGGGUCAUCCCGGAGAGCUGUGAACAGCUGAUGCCACCGGGGGAUUGGAAGGAACAUGAUGUUGAGACUCCAUAUGGGAUGCUGCACGUGGUGAUCCGCGGCGCACCCAAAGGAAACAAGCCUGCCAUCCUCACCUACCACGAUGUGGGGCUGAACCACAAGCUGUGCUUCAACUCCUUCUUCAACAAUGAGGACAUGCAGGAGAUCACCAAACACUUUGUGGUCUGCCACGUGGACGCACCGGGACAGCAGAUUGGAGCGUCACAGUUGCCACCCGGCUACCAGUACCCCACUAUGGACCAGUUGGCCGGGAUGCUGCCCACCGUGGUGCAGCACUUUGGAUUUAAGAGCAUUGUUGGGAUUGGAGUUGGAGCUGGAGCCUACAUUCUGGCCAAGUUUGCACUGAUUUUCCCUGACAUGGUGGAGGGUUUGGUCCUGCUCAACAUCGACCCCAAUGGCAAAGGCUGGAUUGACUGGGCUGCCACCAAGCUGACAGGUCUGACCAGCGCUCUGCCAGAUACUGUGCUGCCUCACCUCUUCAGCCAGGAGGAGCUGAUGAACAACACCGAGCUGGUGCAAAGCUACCGGCAGCAGAUCAACAACACCGUCAACCAGUUCAACCUGCAGCUCUUCUGGAACAUGUACAACAGUCGGAGGGACCUGGAGAUGAAUCGCAGCGGGGCGGUGCUCAAUGCCAAGACUCUGAAGUGUCCUGCGAUGCUGGUUGUGGGUGACAACGCUCCGGCGGAGGAGGGAGUGGUGGAGUGCAACUCCAAACUGGACCCGACCAACACCACCUUCCUAAAGAUGGCUGACUCUGGAGGACUUCCCCAGCUCACACAGCCUGGGAAGCUGACCGAAGCCUUCAAGUAUUUCCUGCAGGGAAUGGGCUACAUCGCUUAUGUGAAGGAUCGGAGGUUGAGUGGAGGGCCAGUGCCCUCCGCCAGUAUGACCCGCCUGGCCCGCUCCAGGACGGCCUCCCUGACCAGUGCCAGCUCCAUAGACGGGUCCCGCUCCCGAGCCUGCACCCACUCCGACAGCACCGAGGGGGUCGGCACCGUCACCCACACCAUGGAGGUUUCUUGCUGAAGAAAUCAGAGAAAAGAGAGGGUGGGAGGGGUAGAGAGAGAAGAAGCGAGAUGGAAGGGCGAUGAAGACAUGAAGGUGGGGGUUUGAGAUUAAUGUGAGGGAUUGAAGGUGUGAAUCUCUGUAGUCAAACAUGGUAGAUGGUAGAAGAAGCAGCAACAGGAAGCCCUCUCUGCCUCCAUCCAGCUCCUCCAGACCCUUUUAUCUGGCAUCUUCCCCCCUCCACUGUAAAUUACCAUAUGUGUUAACCCCCAACCACACCUUUUAAUGUCGAUUACAGAUUUAGGCAACUGUUGUUUCUUGUGUUUUCUAACUGAUUCUUUGCCACCCCCCACCCCCUCCACAACAAACAGGAUGUAAACAAAUCUGUCCACACAGCAAUAUGUGUUAUAAGCUGCUGUUUAUAAUGUGAAAUGGAGGUUUGUCAUAGAAAGUGAGAGUGCAGGAUAUAGCAAGGGUUAGCGAGUGUUAAGCAUCGGUAUUUUGAAAGCAGGGUAUUCUUUUGUUGUAUGAGUCAGUUUCUCUCUCUGGGUUGUUUGUAACAAAAAGUUAUUCUUCUCUUUGUAUGAAUGCGUGUCAGAGUGUUUGUCCAGAAUUACAGAGACAACAGAACACAGCCUAGCGUCGUCGAGUGCACCUGUAGAGAGGAUUUGUUAGCUGUUCUUAGUCUCAGAUCAUAGCUAGAGUUCACCAUGCUGAUUUAAAGCUGCACUUGGUGAAAGUUUAUAUUUAACUUACACUGAUGAAAAAAAGUGAUACCAUCAGCAUACAUGCAUGUCAGGCCACCAGUCGGUAGCGCACUAAAACCUAGCCACUAAACCACCAGGGAGCUCCAUCAAUCUUCACCGUCAAAGUUAUCAUCUGUUUGUAAUAUGGCUCAAAAAUCCUGUGUUCGAAUGAUCUUGAUUUUGAGGACUCAUCUUCGCCCCUUUGGAGCCAUAGCAUUGCUGAGUGCAGCUUUAAACUGUGUAUUCUCACAUUUGUAAUCCAAUCCACUAUGUGAAUAUAGGCUAGGGUAAGUACUUAUUAGUGUCUAUGCAUGCCAACGUGAACGUCUUUCUAAGGGCAUUCUAGCUUUUGAGCUUUAUCUAGUAUUAGGGCAUGUUUCAUCAGCACCAUAGAGCACUAGUUAAGUAGAGCCAUGGCCGCCAUCAUCAGUAUGUAACUCCAGUGCAGUGAUGCAGUUCUGGCCGUAGUCGGCUCUUUGUGGUCUCUAACGUGACAAUCACACACUGACCCAAACCAAACCAGACCAGGGGGACCGAGGCAGGACCUGGCCCACCCAACCAGCUCGGGUCGCCACCAAAGAACUCGCAGCAUCUUUCCCUUACAGCGCCCAACCCCUCUUAGUGGAUAUACCAAAGCUACCCGACCCCACCACACACACACACACACACACACACACACACACACACACACACACACACACACACACACACACACACACACACACACACACACACACACACACACACACACACACACACACACACACACACACACACUAUCCAAACCAGAAACCUUUUCCCAUGCACACACACUCAAAUGACACCUAUGUGGCUUUUGCUUUGUAAGGGAACUAAGCUUAAGAGUAAACAUUCAAGAAGGAGUCCAUCGCUAUAUGGUUAGAUUGUGUUUUGAUGUGAUGUGUAAUCUCACUAGUCAAGCACAUAAAUAUUAGUUUAGCUUUAGUUUAGUGGAGCUGUGUGCUGUUAUCUGCUGUAACACUGAACCACCCAUUUGUUUGUUUUGCUUAGUAAUGUACAGUAUUCAUAUACCACAGUCACAAUCUCCUGUUUCAAGUUUUACAAAAAACAACCUUCGGCCCCCUGUCAGGAGGGGCGUAGCUUCCAAAAUUGCUGAGGUGUGCGCUUUUUCUGAGGUAGCCUGUAAGGGGCGGGGCUUUUCUGGAGCCAUUUAGGCGCCAAGCUCAGAAUGUAGGGCAACCCCCAGCCACCUUCAAAUAAAAGAAACCCUUUCCCCUCAAACACGGUGCCCCAGCUCUUACAGGCAAACCCAGUCGCACCCUAAAGGGCUAACAGCUGAAGUCACUUUUUAAAACGUUUGUAGUGUUUGUGUUUGAGUUUUAACUAAACACAAAGAGAGAUUCUGAUCUGAAAAAAUUGGUGAGCGAAUGUGAAAAGAAUGUGAUGUUGAUUAAGCUGAAGAGAUUAUUGUUGAAUUGUUUGAAAUAUCCAUGAAUUAAAUAGUUAAACUAUCUUGCCAUUUAAAAAAUGAUGGGGAGACAUAAGACCAAGCGCUUCACACUGAAAAACUGAAACGCUGACUUUGGUUAACUGUAUUGUGUCAACAGAUUUCAACUAACUUUAUUAGGUCAGUUGAAAGCCUUUUAUUUAGUUGAACCUAACUGUUUUAUUUCAACUCAAUAUUAUUGCUUUCCACUAACAUUUCAAUUUUUGUUCAGUGCAGUUACUAGACUUAGAGUCAUGUUUUCUCUCUUUACUAAGCUUUUCUCUCUCAUAUACACUUUGGUUUCUUCCUACACAACCUUUAUCCGUACUGCCUGGGGGGCUCCUGAAUGUAUUUUGUCCUUUUUCAAAGUGCUGUACAGUAUUGUCAACCUACGCCUCUCAGAACCCUCAUCAUGCUUUGCACUUUUAUCCCUGCUCUACAUCUUUGACAUUUUAACCUGCUCAUGAAAACCCUGCUCUUCCUCAAGAUCUAUGAAUAGUGUUAGCCUUUAGUGGAAGCUGUAAGCACUUGUAGAUAUUUUCAUUUAUAGAGCAGGUUACCCGAACACUUCAACACCACUGUAAUGUGAAGAAAACGUAUUUCUGAUCCUCUUUCCUGGGAGUUUCUUCUUUUUCUAGGCAACCAUAGGAUGUUACUUCCUCUUGGUAAAAUGAUAUUGUGUAUUACUAAUAUUCUUCUUCUUCAUUAUACUGCCAUUUUGAUUGAUUUGUAUUAAGCAAUAAGUUCUUUUUUUUCUUGUUUGGUUGUUUCAUAUUGUGGGAGUCUUCCCACUCUGUGAUUCUAUUCACACCAGUACAUUGACUCUUACCUUCUUUGCUGUCAUUCAGAUGUGUAAUGUAAGGUUUAAAGUGUAUUGUAUAAAAAUAAAUAUAAAAAGUAA